CUAUCGGUGCGGGAGGAUUGCACUUCACCAUCGAGCCGCAAGAUGUCGUGGUGGAGCAAGGAGGAGCGGCGAGAUUGGACUGCAGAGCGAAAAGCAUCUUCGGCGAACCCACCAUUCAGUGGAGGACCGACGAUGGCCAGCUGGUAACAUACAUCGGAGAUAGCUAUCGGUCACAACUGGCCAACGGAUCUCUUUACAUCAGCAGCGUUUAUUCCGGCAGUCCAGAAUUGACCGGAAGUUACCAGUGCUUGGCAUCUGUCGACAAUGUCGGGGCCAUUGUCUCUCGCACCGCCACCAUCAAACUUGCCAGUCUACCAGGGUUCGACAAAGAACCUCAAGAUACCAUGGUCUAUCCAGGACAGAUCGCGUAUCUUAGUUGUGCUUUGCCGACGUCGUCUAACCUCUUGAGGAUUCAAUGGCUCAAGGACGAGCACCCGCUUUUGCUGGACGAAAGCCGCAUGACUAUCCUGCCAUCAGGAGCCCUGGAGAUCGAUGAGGUUAGAGCGCAGGAUGUUGGAUCGUAUCGAUGUAAUGCAAGUGGCUUCGGACAGUAUAGGCUUAGCAACAAGGCGCAGCUCACAUUGUUAACCAGUGAUAUAGAUCAAGGACAAACUCGUCCAGUGUUCAUCGCAAGGCCUACGCAACAAGUUGCUGUCGAGGGAUCGAACAUCACUCUUGAGUGUGCAGCAAAUGGAAAUCCAAAGCCAGAAAUUCUGUGGCUAAAAGAUGGAGUCGCUGUUGAUCUGUUAGCACUCGAUUCUAGGUAUCACAGAGUUGCAGCAUCCAGUUUAAAUAUCUCUGAUAUUCGAGAGAUGGAUCAUGGAUCAUAUCAGUGUCGAGCAGAGAAUGACGUCGAUACCGAUGACGCAGUCGCCGAAGUUAUAGUCCAAGUACCACCAAAGUUUAUUAAGAAGCCAGAGGACAAAGUAGCUAACGAAAAUCAAGACCUUGAAUUGGAAUGCGAAAUUUACGGCAAGCCAGAGCCGAAAGUUACGUGGCUGAAAAACGGAGAACGCAUUAAUUUCAGUACUUAUUGGCAGCUUGUUAAUGGUUACAAUUUAAGGAUCAACGGAUUGCUGCCAAUCGAUGCAGGAAUAUUUCAGUGCAUCGGCGUGAACCCUGCUGGUAGUGUUCAGGCUUCGGCAAGACUGACAAUUAACCAGCCAAAGAAAGCAAACUCCCACAAGUCGACGACUCCGAAGCCGUUGCCAAAAAAGAAAUUAUUGUUGCAUCGACAAUUGUACAAUACUACCUGGCAACAUCCAAGUACACUAUUGGGUCACACGCUCUCAGCGUUCACUCCAAAUCCCCCAUUAUCCAUAAGCCCUUCCGAUGAUCCAGCAGAUCUUCCAGGAUCCAUCGGUAACCCUAAUUCCCUUUACGAUCCAAAGUCCCAUUUUCUAGAUGACACCGAAAGCCUGGAGUCCAUCGAUAGCAGCUUACCAACUGCUCCAAGGAAUCUAAGUCUGGUCAUCGUCAAGACAAGAUUUGUGACUCUACGAUGGCAGGAACCAGAAAGCACAAAUGGAGACAUUUUGAAUUAUUAUAUUUAUUACAAGCAGGAGGGUUCGCAAAGAGAAAGGGUUAUCACUACGCCACCAAAUCAGUUGGAAGCAGUUAUCGCAGGCUUGCAACCUAGUGUGACGUACCAGUUUCGUGUGGCAGCACAUAAUUCUCGUGGAGCAGGAGUGUCCAGUGAAGUUCUUCAUGUUACUACCCAUUCAGAGGCUGGUGUACCAGGACCUCCGACAAAUGUAAAAGGCCAUGCACUAAGCAGCGUAAGCAUCGCUUUAUCCUGGGAAGAACCACAAGUGGCCAAUGGAAAAAUAUCAAAGUACCUCAUAACAUAUACAGAGGGGGACAAUGAAGAAAAAAGUAUUGAGACUACAGGAAUGGCUUUCGAAUUGGUGGAACUGAUACCACACACUACAUACAGUAUCUGGAUACAAGCUGUUAAUGAAAAUGGCCCCGGUGUACCCAGCGCUGGGACUGUGGUUCGCACUUACAGUGCAGUACCUUCGCAGCCUCCUCAUAAUGUUACUCUCGAAGCAGCCAGUUCAACAAGUAUCAUUAUAAGAUGGGAGCCGCCUUUGGAGGGUCAGAAUGGAGUUAUCACGGGAUACAAAAUUCGCCAUCGGAAACAAGAUCGUCGGUAUCAUUCUAGCAUUGUAACCACCCAAGGGAAUCAACGACUUUAUGUCUUGAAUGGUUUGGAAAAGCACGUGACGUAUCAAGUGCGUAUGUGUGCUUUUAAUGUCAAUGGUACUGGGCCAUGGACUGAAUGGAUAACCGUGGAAACAUACGAGAACGAUCUGGAUGAAUCGAAGGAACCCAAUGCUCCGAGUAACCUUAGAACUAAAGCAAACUCAGAUUCGAUAGCAGUUUGGUGGAGUCCUCCGAAGGACCAAAGCGUUAAAGUCAGAGGAUACAUCAUCGGUUGGGGCAUAGGCUUUCCAGAUGUAUAUACUAAAGUUCUGGAUGGGAAGCAGCGAUAUUAUAUCAUUGAGUCUUUAGAGCCCAUGUCGGAGUACGUAAUCUCGCUUAGAGGAAGGAACGAAGUCGGUGAAGGGACUCCAGUUUAUGCAAAUGUAAGGACCACCGAGAGGUCUGCAGUCGAGUCAGUUGUACCAUUAAUUCCACCAGUAGGGCUCAAGGCAAUAGUUCUUUCUGCUACCACCGUUGUGUUAUAUUGGACAGAUACAAGUCUUCCAAAAAGUCAAUAUGUAACCGAUACUCGGUUUUACGUUGUACGUUACACCCCGUACUACCAUGGCAGCGUUCCACGAUACAAGUACCACAACGCAACCGAUCUGAAUUGCAUGAUUCAAGAUCUAAAACCCUACACUCAGUAUGAGUUCACCGUAAAGGUCGUCAAGGGUCGAAGGGAGUCCCCGUGGAGCAUGGUGGUUCUUAAUCAAACUCAAGAAACUAUACCUUCCUCACCUCCUCGUGAUCUUACUGUACAAAGUGUCGACGAUCGUCCAACUUCUGUCAUGCUACAAUGGCAACAACCGAAACAGCCAAAUGGACCGAUCACUGGGUAUAUCAUUUUUUACUCGACCGACAAUACGAAGAAGGACCGGGAUUGGCAGUUGGAGGCUGUUAUGGGUGACAAAACGGAGUUCAUCACGAAGCCUCUCAAACCCAGCACGACUUACUACUUCAAAAUACAGGCGAGGAACUCGAAAGGCUAUGGACCAUUUUCUGCAAUGGUGUCUUUCAGAACUCCUCAGAGCAAUGGCUCGGAUAUCUAUGACGAAUUGCAUGGCCGAGAUGGACGAGGACUUUCUGGGAUGAUAAUAUACAUUAUAAUUGGUUGCUCGAUAGUGCUAGCCACUGGUGUGGCUGUAGUCGUUGUGGUAAUGUGCUGUAGACGUAACCCAGACUCUCCGGAUCGUAAGAAAGGUUACAUGAAGGACUGUAACCAAAAAACAAAUAUAAAGCCCCCGGAUCUAUGGAUUCACCAUGACCAGAUGGAACUUAAGGCUUUGGAAAAAUCAUCGAUAAAUGGAGAGGCUUCGACCAGUGGAGUGGUCAGCAAUACUCUGCCUAGAUCUGGAAAUCAAGAUUAUAAUACAGACAGCAUACACCUUAAUUCCAGCUCUCUGGAUAAACGGACUUACGUACCAAGUUACAUGGGUAACAACGAAGAGAAGUGCUCGACCCUGACUAGGCAGCACGCUAGGUCCAGCCAUAAGCCUAAACUCAUUACUCUACCGGUUGACAGUGCACCAUUGCAUCAACCUAUAGCUACAGCCACACCGAUAGUGAAUAGCAGUAUGUCGCAGCCAACUAUUCAUGGCGCCUGCGCAGAUGUUCCAUCGGUGAGAUCAAACUAUCCACGAAAUGCUGCACAAUACAGCCUCAGUAGAGCUCACAUUACGCUGGAGCCUACACCAGAGUCCAGUCCGGAUUCUUGUAAUAUGCCUAGCUCGUAUGAACCUCUUCAGAGUCAGCUGUCGUACAGUUCUGGUGCACAAUCUUAUGGUGGAACAAGUCAAUAUGCCCCAGGUCACUAUGGGAGUGGUUCACAAACUGCGAGCAGCAGUGGUGGAUUAGACUCGAGUGGUAGUGGCAAGAGAAUGCAGGGACAUCCGUUGAAGAGUUUCAGUGUCCCUGCCCCUCCACCACAGUCUGCACCUUCUACACCAGCACAACAGAAACAUGGUGUGUCACAGGUGACUGUGAGGCCUACGAUGUCUGGUAGUCCGUACAAGAAACCACCAUGUGGUGGAACGCAGCUACAGAAGAAUCGUCUUGCCUCUGUUCUAAACCCUUCUCAUACUGCGGAGGAGAUAGAACGAUUAAAGCCAUCGUAUAGUACCGAAGAGCUUAACCAGGAAAUGGCGAAUCUCGAGGGCCUCAUGAAAGAUCUCAAUGCCAUCACUGCAUCAGAAUUCGAAUGCUGAAGUGUGUGGUUCCUAGUGUAACGUGCCAUGCCUAAACCAGACUAGUAUCGGGGGAUCGAAGAGUAUCCCUUGAUUUAAGAUUAGUGACGUUAGUACUUGAGAGACAAGAAGUAGAAGAGGAAUUACGUAAUUCCGCCUGAAGAGGACAUUCGUCGUAUUACAGGGAGAUGGCACCGAAGUGUUCACUUAGAUUCAUUGCUAUGGAUCGGUGGAUUCAGUGAUCGAAGAGAUUAUGAUCGACAAGUGUACGAAGAAGUGUACUCUUAUAUUCAGGGCCGUCAGGAUGUUUGAAUUUUAUUCUUAUGAAUUUUGUUUCUUAAUUUAUACCGGUGUGAUUGUUUCUGCAUCUUGAAGGACCGACAUGUCGCUCUCAGUAAGGGUCUCUCUGGUACUAGCGUUUUGCAGCUCUGCUUGCCACUUCGUGUGCUUCGGAAGACUUUUUUUCCCAAGUGGAGUGCACCGAGGCCUGUGAAACUCCAGUCAAGUCUGAGAAGUUUAAGCGAAGGAAGAGGACAAAGACUAUGCCUAUGCUUUUAUAAUUAAAGACCGUUGAUCAAUCUGCUAAAUCCUCACCGAUCCCUUCGGUGGCGAAGGGUUGAGAUUUCGAAGCUUGCCAUUGCUAUCGAUGUUCAUCAAUGUGCUUGUCUCCAUCGAGGAGAUGGCGUUCUUGCCUAUUGCCUAAUUAUUUAAUCCGAAGCUCUGAAGUGAUUCUUCGGAGGGACUGAAAUGUCCAUCCUGUGCCGGACACUGAACCACCUAAAUGAUAUGGACUCUUGCGAAGUGGUUGCAUCCUUGAUGCUUUGGUGCAUGGAUUUUCUAUACAGGUUUGGAGGAACAAUUUGGUCCACGCGUGGCUUUGAUCUUUCAUCUGCAGAAUCCAUGAUCUGCCGAGAAUUUUCUAUAAAACAGACUGCGAAGACAACUGUUCGGCAACCAUUUACAUCUAAACGUUUUCAUGACCAGAGCUACGAACAACCAACAGCAUACUGCAUUUCUACGAAACAAUUUACCGUCGCCGCACAAAGUAAAUUUUACUUUUAACUUAAAAUUAGAACAAAAGAUACGCUUAUUUUAAUUUCGCGGUAGCAUUUAUCGAUACGUAAUUGUUAUAUUUUACGUAUGGUACUAUAAUUUUCUAUAUCGACGAGAAACUUUGCAAUGCAAUAGUUUAAGUGCGCCGAAGACGUGGCGUAUCAAUUAGAUGUCUUUUCAAUUGAUACGUACGAUAUUGCUCCGUCAUUUCUCGAAACGAAGACAAUUACCUCUGCCUAUGGAAAUGAUUAAAAGACGAGUUGAUCGUUAUCGAUGCAUCGAAAAAGAUAACAGUUUUCAUUUGAAGCCUACAUUUUUUACAAGAAUUAACUAACGUUUUAAUUCAAUUCGUAUAUUCACCGUGAAUUUGGAAUUAAAACAAAUAAGGAUAUUCUAAUAGCACAAAAGAAAGUAAUUAAGUUAAUAAUUUUUGUACAAAUACGAAGCAUGCGUGGACCUUUCGACAUUACAUAGUUCGAUUUAAAAUGUAACAUCACAGCGAAGAAAUCAUGUUCUUUUUUUUUUUUUUUUUGUAUCGACCAAGGAGUCUAUCUUCUAGACUUAAAUCUUUCUCACCGAGAUUUCCCUUGUAUAAUUUAAAAAUCAAUUGAAAUUCUUUACAUUUCAUUUUCUUACAUCCUUCGCUGUGGACUGGAAAUGUGUAGAUUAUACUUUCGAGGGCCUUAAAAAGAAGUUAGAGCUAAGUUAUCUUUCUUCGAAGGUAUUGCGGCAGCUCGCACAAGAGAUUCUCUAGCGUUAAUAAACGACAAUUCGCGACAUUAAUGGUGUACUUUUUAAUACGUUUUUUUUUUUUUUUCUACAAUUUCUUACGAGCAUUCCUACUUAGAAUUAGAAGUCUUCGGAUGAUAAUUAACUUUAGCAUUGCGUCAAAAGCCUCUUUCAAUUGACAUCACCGAGCUAGAGAGAUUAUAACUCUUAUUCUUCUUAUUCUCUCAUUCAUUAAUAUUGCGAAUUGUACUCGGUCGUUUUAUAAUUAAUUAUUGUUUAGUAGCUCGAUCUCAUUCAAAGGAAGGAACGUUAAUUUAGAAAUUAAUGUCUGCACCGGCGUUAUUGUCUUAGGAUAAGGCCACAUAGAACGUUAAUUGUUAAUGCAAAAAAGCCAAUUUAUUACGUGUUUAUUGCCUACGCUUGUUGGUCUUUACGCCACACCAUAGAGACCUGUAAACAUGUCAAUUUAGUAGUAACUUUUCAUUAAAAAAAUCUCUCAGUAAGGAUGAAAUGUUUCUUCUAAAUAAUAUUGAUUAAAAGAUACCACUUGAAAAACUAUUCACGCAGUUUGACGUAAUAUAUUGACGCACAUAUGUGCAGAGUAGAGAAAUAGUCUCCGUCCAAUAUUUGACUCGAUAAUACUUAAAAGCUUGUAUGGAAACUUUUUUAUCACCCUAUAUUAACGAAUUAAUGGCAAAAAUUGUCAGAUUGAAGUUAAGUAAUCAGUCUCAACGUCGACUGUCAAGGUACUAAAUGCUGGAAAGAAUAUUUUUAAUAUUCUGGCUCGCAAGCUAACACUCGCAGCAAGUUUGGAGAAGUUUGGACAAGUUUGGAGAAGUUUGGACAAGCUUGUUUUUUAGAUUAGGCCAGCAAUCAGCAUUCUAUGUGGCUCUUUACUCCUAGGAUGCGUGCGUGUACGUCAGGCUUUAUCGAAAAAGUAUCGGAGUGCAUGAAGUGUCUCGAAACAAGACUCUUCGAUUCAACUGAGCCUUUCGAUGGAUUUGAUAACGAACUUUGUUUUAAUUAAAUAGACUACUGAAAUAUUUCUCAUGAAUUGAAAGGCUUGGAAGCUUGGAUAGGUAUUUUCCAGACACUUUGUAAAAAUUAACUCCGAUAGGUCGAUAAGAUUUUGUACCUCGAUUAGGUAGCUCGAACUCACCAGGAAUUCGUCUCGUUACGAGACGAGUAUUAAUUUAAGAGAGCUAUAAAGAAUAUUUUCUAUCUUGAUAUACAUAUAUACACACUCGCGUUUAUAUAAAUAUAUACAUACGAAUGGCGUCGUACGUAUUAUACAUUGAAUUUCUUAAGACAGGUUUUGUAUAAGACGAAGCUCAUUGAUCCUUACAAGAAUUUUUGUACGAGCCAGUUACAACUGAUCGAUGGCUAAUCGAAGGAAUCUUUUUAGGAGCUUUCAAAGAAAUUUCAUAAUCCUAAGGAUGUUGAAACAUUUCGUUUCAUCGAGUCAUAUUGAGAACAACCCAUUAUCAUGCGUCAAUAUUUUUUCAUUCAUUACUAAUUCCUUUCGCUUCAUGAAAAGUCUCAUCCACAGAAAAGAAAAGACUCAUCGACAUAAAUAUUGUCUUUCAACAAUGAACUGAACCUUGUCGAAGCUAAAUACUUGAAGGCUCUUCAUUCAACCGAAUGAUAAUUAAUAUUCGACACACAUGUAGAUUUUUCAUAAAGUUUUCUACUCUACCGUAACUUGAAAGUUUCAUAGUAAUUUAUCGAUGCAGGACUUUCUGCAGAAUGGAGCAUAAAAAGACUGGAAAGUAAUACAUAACGCUGGUACAGAAAAGAAUUUUAUGAAUACGACCUUGGUUCCGGAAGUCUGCUUGUAUCUAAAAAUUUCAAUUAAGAAAAAAAAGAAUACGAUAAUAGGCUUCGGCACAAAUUAAAUAUUUCAUUAAUGUUAAGAACUCUUCGAUGUAUAGAAAUUUACUACUGAGAUCAUCGUACACUUUUAUAAAGUGCAAAUAAAAAUGAUUACAAUGACUUUGUCAAUGCAGGCAUGUUAUAAAGCUUCAAUAUCCGGCGAGAAAUUCCAAACGACCUAAGAAACAUUCAAUGAAAUUUUGAAUUUCAUCCUUGCGAGACUCCUUCGCACAUUUAUGGCAAAGUCUGAAAUGACGUAGAAUUAUAUUGAAUCAUAGGUAAAGUACUAAAAUACCAUGUACGGCGUAUUUCAUGUACUGUAAACUGCAUUUACAUGUUCCGUGAUCAUUCUCAUGUAAUUUAAGGUGAUAUGAAAGGGUCAUUCUAUAUAUCGAAAGAUCAAAAUCUAUGAAAUUUAUAAAACUUUUCUCCAAACUGGGUGCACCGAAUCAUUUGAAACAUCAGCAAGUGAUUAUGAAAACCCUAAAGAAGAAUGUAAUGUGUGUGAAAUUUCAUUUUUCACAAAAAAAAAAUGUGAAUAACCCUUUCAUAUCAUCUUAACAGCGAAUCGUGGAGUGAAAUUUCCAUUGCCAUGUACACCCAAUGUUUUCUCUUAACUUUUAUUCUUAUUCUUCUUAUGUAAUUCCAAAGCUCGUUACGUAUGAAAAUCCUGAACAUGUAUGUUUUCUUUCCGCUACCAAAUUCCAUUGAUCAAUGAAUAAGAUCAUUUUUUUAACUUUUUGUACAGGCGUUUUUAAUAAAUAUCUUCCAAUGUAGUUAUUUCUUCAUGAAGAAGAUUAUCUACUUGGAACAUAUCUUUUGUAUUUGUUAGCUCCAUGUUAAUUAUCCACUUGAUUGUUUCCUUCGUUCAAAUAAUAUUUCCUAAAUUGUGGAUAUCAUGAAAUGUUCCGAUGAUAAAAGUUUCCAAAUUUUUCUGCUGGAAGGAUCGGACUAUUUAAAUAAGCUAUUUAAAAAUCAUUCCACGAUACUUAAUACUUUUUAAUACUUUUUCACAAUACCUAUCUCUCAUUUUUCAUCCUCGAUUACAGUAAUUAAAUUGACGAAUUCUUCGUCAAACAUAUUAUCGAUCAUCGUUACUUCUAUCUUUCACGUUUUGCCCCUUUUAUUGAAUCGAUGGAAUUUGAGGACUACUUCUUUACUCCGAUAUCACCCAACUUUCAAUUUCCUGUUCGGGCCAACAGAACAGCGAAGUAUCUUAAGGUGAUAUGAAAGUGUUAUUUUAUAUAUAUAAAAUGACACUUUCAUGUCAUCUUAAAAUAGAACCGGAAAGAAAAGACAGCAUGUAUAUUUGAUGUAUGUAUAGUACGAGUACAGCAUAGGUAUAGAUAUAUAUAUAUUUAAAAGAAAGCCGUAAUGAAUAAUUGUUAAAGUACUAGUAAUAAUUUUUCGAGAGACGCACAUUCUCGAAAGCCAGGCCUACGGGAGGGCCUAAGAAAUAUUUUACCACAAAAGUAUAAUUAGCGUAAUUAUACAUAUAUACAUACACCAUAUAUAUAUAUAUAUUUAUAUUCUCUAUACAAUUACUAUUUAUUUAUCGAAGCCACUAGUCGAAGGGACAUAGUGGCGAUUGUAAAACGAAUGUUUGCGAAACGCCAGAGGCUGGUCGCUUUCUGUAAGGAUUAUUAUCUUUUACUAUUACUUAUUAUUAAAAACGUUUAGAUUAUUGCGAUGAUUAUUUUUAUUGAUAUUAUUACCGUAGCGCCCGGUUGGUGGAGGCGGAUCGGACGUGUUAGCGUAUAAUAAGUAAUAAGUAUUGUAAUUCUGCCGAUAAUCGAAGACUAAAAACGCGACGCUAUCACCGACUGUACAUAAAGGAGAUAUAUUAAAUAGGGAAAGACGUACUAAGCGUUAACAAGGUAAUCGAUUAUUUAUGUAACUGCCGCUCUACCGAUUAAUAAUUAUAUUGCUAUAUUUGUACGAUAUAUACACGGCCAAUCCCGCCCCCUGAGAACAUUCGUAACAAGUGUGUGAUAAUAUUUGUAAAACUUGAUAUCAUCUAAUAAACGGUCUUUUAUGUUCUUUGCAAAA